UCGGCUGACCCCGUCUCGCACUCCCCAACGCCCCUCAUUGGGCCCCGAAGGACGCGGCCUCACUCCAUCCACGUCGUCAGCUAUCCCUCGGGCUACGUGCCUCGUGAGCUUCGGACCAGAACCUCCCCUCGCUCGUCUAGGGCGCGCAUCGAAUCUGGCUCCACCAGUCAUCCUCGUAGCAACCACUCUCACCAUUCUCACGAGACAACCUCCUCAUCGUCUCGCAGAACCCGGGAGCCAAAGCAGCAACAGAAUUCAUCUUCAUCCGCCAGAGACCGUGACACUACUCACAAACGAGAACAUCGAGCCCGUCGUGACCAUCGCGAACAACCGCGGGACAAAACACGGCACAGAGCAGCUUCUAGGUCCUCCAGGUCGAGGCAUAGGCAUCGCGCCAGAAGCAACAGCCGUAGCCGUCACACCAGUCGCCAACCGGGUCAGCAGACAACCCGUCCCCGUCGCUCUUCUCAACAACGCCGCUACCCUCCCAAUAGCAUGGCUACCGCUAGAGCCGCGGUGCCCUUGAGCGCAUAUCAGCUCGGUCACCACAACAGCUUCACAUCCAUCCGCAGCUCCAAGUCGAGCGUAAACGCCGUCGUCACCGAGGUGAUUAAGCCUGUCGCUACCGGCAGCGGAGUCUCCUGCUCCAUUCUCCUUGCCGAACCCAACCUCUUCCUUUCGGGCUUCGACCACAAUGGCCAUGAGCGCCGAGAAGCCCGCGCCGGCACUGCCCUCCUAAGAGGCAAGAUGCAACUGACUAUUAGUAAGAAUGUCAAGAUCAAGGCUGUCCAGCUAAAACUGGUUGGCCGCGCACGCACAGAGUGGCCCGAGGGCAUCCCACCGCUCAAGCAAGACCUGUUCGAAGAGGAAAGCCUGCGAACCCAGGUCCUGACUUUCUUCAACGCCCUAAACGAAGGAUGGGAGACUGAGUACGGUAACCAGUGUACCUACAAGCUCAAGGGCGGCUCCGCAAACUCAAGUAGCACCGGCCUGGCGUCAUCACCAGGUGUUUCACCGGCAGCUUCAAUGCGAAACAACCUAACGGCCAAGGAGCUCAAGCGACUCUCUCUUCAAAAUGUCCAGUCUCGCAGCUUCGGCAAGGGCGAUACCGGAGUGGUGACUCAAACCCAGGCCAAGGGAUUCAAGGUCUUUUACCCCGGCGUCUACGACUAUUCCUUUGAGCUUCCCAUCGAUCACCACCAGCUUGAGACCACCAAGCUACAGUAUGCUUCAGUCAAGUGGGAGCUUCACGCCACCGUUGACCGUGCCGGUGCUUUCAAGCCCAACCUCCAUGGUGUCAAGGAAGUCCCCAUCAUCCGACUGCCUGACCAAAUGUCGCUCGAGAUGUCUGAGCCCAUUUCCAUUAGUCGCCAGUGGGAAGACCAGCUACACUACGACAUUAUGGUUUCGGGAAAGAGCUUUCCCAUUGGAGCCAAGAUCCCGAUUGCGUUCAAACUCACCCCCUUGGCCAAGGUGCAAGUUCACAAGCUCAAGGUCUACAUCACCGAGUCGGUCGAGUACUGGACCAGCGACAAGCGUGUGACACGAAAGGACCCCGGCCGAAAGAUUCUUCUCCUCGAGAAGACGGCAGGAAAGGAGCUCGACCCCGCAUGGGCCACCUCCGAGGUUGUUACGCUUCGCGGUGGUGAGCUCACAGAAGAGCAGCGCCGUGUUGCUCGUGACACCGCCACUAGGAGGCGAGCCCACGAUGCCGCAAGGCGGAAGCAGGCUCCGGAACCACUGCCAGCGCCGGUGGAUAAUCUCCUCGGCGACUUGGACCUGGGCCUUGAGAGCAUGUGGGGCUCCACCGAGAUUGAGGCCAGCGUCCAGAUUCCGACGUGCGAGAUGAUGGCCAAGAACAAGUCUCUCAGACUACACCCCGAUUGCAGUUGGAAGAAUGUCAAUGUCUUCCACUGGAUCAAGGUGGUUAUGCGAAUCAGCCGCUUGGAUACCGAUGAUCCUUCAGGCACUAAGCGCCGUCAUUUCGAGAUUAGCAUCGACUCUCCUCUCAGCAUCCUCAACUGCCGCGCUACUAGGGCAAACACAUCUCUCCCCGCCUAUACCGGUGAGAUUAACCGACCGUCUCCGUAUCAGUCGGCUUGCGGCUGCCCCGAUUCGGCGACAAUUGCCAUGGAGACAUCUCCCAGCUCCUCAACCGGCACUCUUCCAGACCCCGAGGUACUGGCCGACAGCAUGCCUGCCCCACCUCAAGCUGUUCAUCUACACUCUGGAGCUCCAUCAGCAGGCCAAGCCGCCCCUGGUCGACAGAGUCCAACAACCUGGUCACCCGAACUACCGGGCCGGCCCAUUCAUUUGUUACGAGCACCCAGUUUCAAUCCUCCCGCCUUUGAUGAUGAUACGGCGCCACCUCCGGCAAGCACCAUUAUCAUGACCCCGCCUCCGCAGUAUGACGCCGUCGUCGGCACACCCAGUGUUGAUGGCCUCGCCGACUACUUUACCCGGUUGGCAGAGUAUGGGCUUGGUGAUGACCAUGAGGGCUCUGGAUCAGACGGUGACGAGUCACCUACUCGAAUCUUGGAUCGAAGUGGCCGUGUCAACGUGGCACACCCUCGAACUCCCGGUGGCAGGAGGAUGCCCAGCCGAAGCAUGGAAAUCUCCAGACCACCUAUUGACCUCAACAUCAGUGCUUUACUUCAACGU